AGGAAGGCAGUCGCCUCUCCUCCGUCGCCGCGGCCGGUUCAGUCGGUGCACCGCGUCGCCGCCAUCCGGUUCUAGUCAGCGGCCGAGGACCGAGGACGAGACCGAGGACCUCGAGGACGAGUGGGCAGCUGGACACGUCCUCAGCACGCCAGGCCACCAGGCUGGCGCCGCUAGCGCCCUAGUGUUGCGAGUGUUCGGAGUGUGGCCUGUGUCAGUGGCACUGCCCGCCAUCUGCAGCCCACCGCCCAUCGCCCACUCGAGGCUGACCCGUGGUGCGUGAGUGUGUGUCAGUGUGUGCGUGUGUGUUCGAGACGCGGCGCCCGGAGCCCCUCGGCCCCACGAACAGGACAGCGUCGACAGCGUCGUCGCCGUGCCCGAGGGCGUGCUGGGCGUGCCGGGCCGACGGGCCGGGCCAUGGGGCGCCCGUCGCGCGGCGCUGCGGCAGGUGGACGCUGAGAUUGCGUCUGCAGCUCUGCAGCGCGCUCUGUCUCUCGGUCCACUCUACUCUACUCUGUCGGCCGACUCUGUGUCCUCGCAGUGAUUAGCAGUGAGGCAAGACAGGAGCCAUGACGGUGCACAGCGACGCCUUCCGAGGCGCGGAGUGCUGCGAGGCCGCGCCCAUGGAGGGCCUGCCCGUGGCGGGGCUGGCCGAGCCCGCGGAGGACAAGGCGUCCAGGCUGGACGCCGCGGCCGGAUACGUGGAGAGCAGCAGCGAGUCUAGCGGCAUGUCUUCCGGCUCCGGGCGGUCGUCGCGGUCCUCCUCGCCGACGUCGACGUCCUCGACGCCCUCGACGUCGUUGACGCGGCGGGCGGCGCGACACAGUCCCGCCGAGAGCGCGUACCACUCGGAGCACGAGGUGGACGACUACACGGACGAGCACGUCCACGACAGCCGCGGCAUCCACGGCGUCCUCCGCCUUAACGAGCACUACACGCCCAAGCUGCGGUACCCGGACCUCGCCGCGCAGGUGCUCAUCCACACCGGGGCGCUGUACGGCGUGUACCUCAUGUGCACCCAGUGCCGCCUCGCCACGUCCCUCUGGGCGUUCGUCACCAUGUACACGUCCGCCUUCGGCAUCACGGCCGGCGUGCACAGGCUAUGGUCGCACAGGGCGUACAAGGCUUCCUGGCAGUUCCGCGUCCUCCUCAUGCUGCUCUUCACCAUCACCGGACAGAGGCACAUCUGGGCGUGGGUACUGGACCACCGCGUGCACCACCGCUACUCCGAGACCGACGCCGACCCCCACGACGCGCGCAGAGGCUUCCUCUUCGCGCACGUAGGCUGGCUGGUGCUGACGCCGCACCCGGCCGUGGAGCGCGCGCGCAAGGAGGUGGAUAUGAGUGACCUGCAGAGCGACGGCGUCGUCAUGUGGCAAAAACGGUGGUACGAGCCGCUGUUCGCCCUCUUCACCAUCGCGCUGCCGGUGCUGGUGCCCGUGUACUUCUGGCAGGAGUCGCUGUGGGCCUCGUUCUGGGUCAACUUCAACACGCGCUUCUCCGCCACCCUCAACGUGGCGUUCCUCAUCAACAGCCUGGCGCACACGCACGGCUUCAAACCCUACGACAAGGACAUCAGCCCCGUGGAGUCCCCCAUCCUGGGCCUGCUGGCGGUGGGCGAAGGCUGGCACAACUUCCACCACGUGUUUCCCUGGGACUACCGCACCGGGGAGCUGGGCAACGGCCGCAUCAACUUGACGACGCACUUCAUCGACGCGUUCGCGUCGCUGGGCUGGGCGUGGGGGCUGCGCUCGGCCGACGACAAGGUGGUGCAGCGGCGCGUGGAGCGGUGCGGGGACGGCACGGGCUCCGGCAUGUUCGGGGCGUCGCCCAGGGAGGCGCGGCUCGCUGGGACCGCGCCGACGGCCUCGGCGUCGUAGACGCGGACGUCGCCGGGAGUGCCGGGCCGUUGUUCCGUCCGUCCGCCACCCCGCCAGGCGCCCCAGACGUCCCCAAGUUGGUGCCAGCCUGCCUGCCGCCGGGUGCCGCCGCGCCACGCCGGCGUCGUGUCCGAAUCACUGAAACGGCGACGAACUUUUCCCGAGCAAGCUGAAGGGGUUGGACUUCUGGGGGAUGCGCUGGCAGAGCGUGGUGGAGGUCGUAUCCAAAGUAAAGAAAUACCUCAUUUGUUUGUGAUGCUUGACGGGUUAAGCUGGAAAUAAAGAGCAAGAACAAAGCAGUGAGUCGCCUAAAAUAAUGUUCGUUUUUGCACUUUCUGCAAUUAUAAUCGUACAAUCUGGGGUGAUCACGAAUCGACAAGGCUCUUAAGUUAAUGUUACACCUAAAAUAAGUUUGUUAAUUUACGUAGCUGUAAAGGAAAAAAGCGUCUAUCUAAGUAAAACUAGUCUAGAUAAAAUUUCAGAGAAAUGCGGCAUAGUACCUUUUCAUCAUGGCUUGAAGUCGAUUGUUCUAAAUAACUUCUGAAAAGCUAACUGAUAUAUAAAAUUAAUGUAGCUGUCUGUAGUAAACAGGGUACAAAUUUUUAAUCUAGCUUUCAAUAAUGUUUCUUAUAUUUUUUUGGGACGGGUGUGGUGUUCUUUGUUUUUUCUAGUGCGCCCUAUUAUUUGAGUUUAAUUUUGAUAAAAUAAAAUUGGAACCUGAAAAUUGAAAAAUCUUGA